AUUGAUUAAAAUUGAUAUGCAAAUCAGUUCAAAGUGUAAAUUUAAUUACGGGAAUACCCACAUGGUUAAAUCCGAUAACUAGUGUCUAAACCAUAACAUUUCGUUCAUUUUCGCAAAACAAAACAAACAGAUUAUUUUGGAGCAUCGACAACUUCACGAUUUGGUUCCUUGAGAAUGGAGGAAAUAUGCAGAGUUUGCAUGGGAACGUCCGGAGAAUUCAAGAACAUUUUUGACGAAAGACCAACAAUGGAUACGUGCAUUGGUGACAUGAUAUCGCAGUGCACCGGGUACGUGGUUAAGAGAGGAGAUUCGCUACCAGAAAACAUAUGUCCGCCUUGCCUGAAGGAUGCUAUGAGUGCCUUCAAUCUUAAGUCCACCUACGAGCAGAGCCAUAAACUCUUUUUCUCGCUGAUAGACGAGGACAAGGAACAAGACGAGGAUUCGCUACAGUCAGAUGACAGAACUGAGCAAUCGAAACAUCAAGAUGAUAGCAAUAACAGUGAUAAUUGUAAACGAGUCUUCAAAUGCUCCGUCUGUCCAAAAUCCUUUCAAAGAAAAUACCACCUCAGUGAACACAGCCAUAGCCACACUGGGGAGCGACCGUACACGUGUCCACACUGCGCGAAGUCAUUCUCUCAAUCCAGAAUUCUUCGGACUCACAUCCGUACUCACACAGAUGAGCGAUCAUUCUACUGCGCCCACUGUUCGAAGUCAUUUAAACUGAAAGCCCAGCUCAUCGGACACAGCCGUAUUCACACGGGGGUGCGACCGUACAAGUGUCCUCACUGCGAGGUAUCAUUCAAACAACUCGCCCAUCUUACCUCACACGUAUUCUCCCACACAGGAGAAAGACCCUACAAAUGCUCUCACUGCCCAAAAACCUUCACGCAAGUAACCAAUCUCAAUGUGCACAUUCGUACGCACACGGGUGAAAAACCCUACAAAUGCACUGAAUGCUCAAGGUCUUUUAUACAAAAAUACCAUCUCAAGGAACACAUCCGUACGCACACAGGAGAACGACCCUACCAAUGCAAUCACUGCUCAAAAACCUUCACGCAGGAAUCUACUUUUAGAAAACACAUUCGUUCGCAACACGAGUGACGAGCCGACCAAUUUUCUCACUGCUCAAAGUCAUUUAAAUAAAAUGUCGAACUAAGCGUCCUUAUAAGUGCACCCAUUGCUCAAAGACUUUUGGAUAUAAAAACAAUAGCAAAGCUACCAAAGACACCUAUUGUAUAUGUUACAGCAGAAACGACAAGUUUGCUAUUCCGGCACUCUUCGAGAUCGCAUCAGUAAGAACUCUGGUCGAUACGAUUGCUCCUGGUGGAAAACAACAUCUUUAAGUUCAAUGUUUUCCACUAUCCUCUUUACUGUAACAUUUAGGGCCGUUUCUCGAUUUCGGGCUAAGGUGCCGGUUAAUCGUCGCUAGAAUAAAGACUAGACUACCACAUAAA